AUGGCUACUGAUGGUCAAGAGAUGAGUAUGCCACAAGCCGACAGCCUGAAUACAGGGCCAUGAUAAACAACUUUAGAAGAAGACUUUUCUAUUCUUCCCAUUAUUCAAGACAACGAUCUCCCCAUAAACGGGGCGCUCCUUUUUUGAGAGAAUCACAUGUGGGCGGGAAGGACUCCCUACCCAGCAGAUUUGGCUCCAGUCUCAGCAGUAGAAGCAUGAUGUGCUCCUUCCAUCAGUCUCGACAUCGAUGUAAAGAGAGAGCCAUCCAGUAUUUGAAAACAUCAAGAGAUACUGUGCCUUCAGGUUCUUCAUCCAAGGUGUUAAAAAGCCCCAGCCGGCUGACUGAGACAGAACAGGCUGAUGCUGCAAGCAAGUGGGCUAAUGAAAAUCUCAAGAAGUCAGAAGAAAAUCACUUGGCUGAAAUGUCCGAGUUUGAGACGGGAUCCAAGGCACCAUUAUGUAUCAACCAGACAGAAGAACCCGAGUCCAACACAAGAGCUGGCACAGAAUUGUGUGAAGACAGCCAGCUUAGCAGUCGCUCAAAAGCGAUUGCAUCAAAAAUCACGGAGAUUGAGAAGGUUUACCGACAAGUCUGUGAAACUUUCGGGAUGGUGGUGGAAAGGCUGGUUGAAAAGGAUCGUUCCUUAGAAAAAUCUAUACAGUUUGCAAUGAAGCAGAGUUUGCAUGAAAUAGGUGAGCAACAUGUUGAAGAACUCAAGCAUUUCAUUAUGGAGUAUGAUAAUUCUACUCCAGAUUUUGGAGACACUUUUUAGAAGAAUUAGGGCUCGGUUCAAACAAAUUUUUAAAGCUUCUAGAUUUUUCCCUUUGGACUUUUGAAAUCCUUACUAUUUUGUGAUGAAGAGAAAUACUUUAUGAUAACUGACAAUGUUGCUAAGAUCAAAUAAACAUCUACAAUAGUUUUUAAAGUCUCUUAAUUAGAAUGUUUUCCCUAUGUGUAGAAUCGUCUAAUCCAUCUUCAUACAUCCCCUCCCUUCCAAAAAUAAUGUUCAAUUAAUUUUUUAAUGUUUGAAAAGGCAGUUCUGGAGAGCAGCUCUCUGUACUUAACUCAUGAUCAAUAGUCUUCCAUGAUGUGCUGGUCUCCGGGGUAUAAUUUGUAGUUAGAGGUCAUUCCAGGU